AUGUCUACCACUACUACAAUGCAGAUGGAGCAGACUGUCGCUGCUCGCUUCGAGACCAAGGAUCUCGUCGAGUUCGACCCCAAUGCCGUCUACGGCGAUUGGAGAGAUGAGUUUCACAAGACAGGCUGUGUUCUGAUCAAGAAUGUCAUCAGCAAAGAGAAAGCUCAAUACUACUGCGACAAGCAGAUUGAGUGGCUCAAGAAGUUUGAGCUUGGUUUCGAUGAGAAGGACCCCAGCACUUGGAACGCGGAUCAUCUUCCUGUCUCCUUCAAGGGAGGUAUGUACUAUGGAUAUGGCGCUACCCACGAGAAAAUGGCCUGGGAAGCACGCACCGAGCCCAAGGUCGUUGAGAUCUUCGAGAAGCUCUGGGGAACCAAGGAGCUAUUGUGCUCUUUUGACGGUCUCAAUGUUUCCCUGCCUAACCGCACGGAUAUCACUUGGAGCCCUUGGCCUCACUGCGAUCAAAACCCCGAGCGCAAGGGCAUGCAAGCUGUGCAGGGUCUCCUGAACUUUGCCCCCAACGGCCCCAAGGACGGUGGUCUCAUGCUCAUGAAGGGUUCUUCUAAGCUUUUCAACGAGUUCUUUGCUCAAAAGCGCGAGCCUGCCGAUCAUGAGGAUGCUCCUCCUCCUGAGAUCAAGUAUAUGGACUUGUUCAUCUUCAGCGAGAAGGACGUCAAGUGGUUUGAGGAGCGAGGCUGCACUAUGUACAAGGUAGACAUGGAGCCCGGUGACUUUGUUCUCUGGGACUCUCGUACCAUGCAUUAUGCUCGAUUCCCUGAAGGCGAUCAAAUCCGACACGUUCAGUACAUCUGCAUGACACCACGAAAGUUCGCAACAGAAGAAGCUCUGAAGGCCAAGGCCUAUUGCUUCGAAAAUAGCAUGGGGACAACUCACUGGCCUCAUUGCAACAUCCGCAUCGCGCAGGAGAAGCCUAUGAGGAAUGGCGAGAUCUGCCCCAAGUACCGUACAGAACCAUUUGAGAAGCCGGAAAGAACAGAUCAGAUACUUCGAUUGGCAGGUGUCAAGUCUUACGAUGAAUGA